AUGUUGGAGAAGAGGACAACCUGUUGGCUUGCAUUUGAGAAGUUGAGGAAUUAUAUGACAACUUGUAUGACAAAUUUUUUUCCGGAGCUGGUGGUUGCUCGUCCUAGUUGUACAUUUGGCUUUAUACCAUUAGAGGAUUUUGAUCAUGGAAUCUAUGAUUCGCCAGAAUUGAACAGGUAUGAGGUUAGGGCAUACACGAGUGAGAUGUGUCCUACAUGGAUGGCCAAAGAGGGGACAGAACACCAAGCAAGGGAUAUUGUUCCAUUAGAAUUCUGUAAAAUCAUUCUUGAAGCCAAGGCUUGGCAUUUCUCAUUCGUACAAGUUUACCUUGACUUCUGGGAGAGUAGAGCAGUAUUGGUGGGGAUAAAACCUAACCUUACACUUGUUUCAUUUUCAUAG